CACAACCAUUUCCGGGUGGAGGACCCAUUCUGCAUGGUAACGCGGCAAAAAAGUAGAAGAUAUUGCAGUUGUUUUCGCUUUUAAAAUCAGAAAUAAAGAUGUCCCGCGGCUCAAGCGCUGGGUUUGACCGCCAUAUUACUAUUUUUUCGCCGGAGGGUAGGCUUUAUCAAGUAGAAUAUGCCUUCAAGGCCAUUAACCAAGGUGGUCUCACAUCAGUCGCUGUUCGGGGUAAAGACUGUGCGGUUGUCGUUACACAGAAAAAAGUUCCAGACAAGCUCCUGGAUGCUUCUACAGUCACUCACCUGUUCAGGAUAACAGAAAACAUUGGCUGUGUGAUGUCAGGGAUGACAGCUGACAGCCGGUCUCAGGUGCAGAGAGCGCGCUACGAAGCAGCUAACUGGACGUAUAAAUAUGGCUAUGAGAUUCCAGUGGACAUGCUUUGUAAGAGGAUCGCUGACAUCUCUCAAGUUUAUACACAGAAUGCAGAAAUGAGGCCACUUGGCUGCUGCAUGAUUGUGAUCGGUAUUGAUGAGGAGAACGGACCCCAGGUGUAUAAGUGUGAUCCAGCCGGCUAUUACUGUGGCUUCAAGGCCACAGCGGCUGGUGUGAAACAGACUGAAGCCACUAGCUUCCUGGAGAAGAAAGUGAAGAAGAAACACGAUUGGACCUUCGAAGAAACCAUUGAGACUGCGAUCAGCUGUCUCUCCACUGUGCUCUCUAUUGAUUUCAAACCGUCUGAGCUGGAAGUGGGCAUCAUUACAGCGGAGGACCCCAGAUUCCGGAUUCUCUCGGAGUCAGAAGUGGAUGCCCACUUGGUGUGUCUGUCUGAGAGGGACUGAUUAAGAUGAAGCUGAAGAUGCGUCUGACCUGUUUCUAGUGAUGCAAACCAUGUUCCCAUGUAGAUUUCCCCUGUUCCAUUAAAGAUGGUUUUGGAGAAAAAGAGAA